UUAGAACAAGCUGGCAGAUCUGUAGGAGGCUAAAAAUCUUUACAAGUUGCAAUGCACAAAAUAUCUGUUUUGGUCCUCCUGUGUAUUGCACAUUCUCUAAACAGUGUAACCAAAGGCAACUAUGCAUCAAGCAAGAAAGAAAUGCCAGGUGCCCACUUUCAUUAUUCCAGCGAGGAAAUCCGUGUGCUCUCUCAGGGUGUCCUGAAGCUUGGAGCUGGGUUAAAGGAGCAGGUUGACCAUACUAAAGAGAAAAUUACCUACAUCUUUCAACAGCUCAGCAUUUUUAACAACUCUUUGAUAGAAUUACUGGAGCAGGUCAGCCUAAAUAAGAGGCUGAGAAAUGGUCUUAUGGAGAAAACUCAGCAACUUGAAACUAGGAAUCAAGUUCUGGGCAGGCUCUCUGCAGAGCUCCAGAACCAGCUUGGUGAAGUGAUGCACUACAGAAUGACUUUCAACACCAAGCUGGAAUUUUUAGAGGAGAAGAUAGAGAAUGCCCUAAAUUACAAGACUAACACCAGUACGUCAGUGAGUAUGACUGACAUUAUGUCUUUUGUGCAAACUCAAAGCGUAAGAAUUGAUGAGUUGCUUACUGAAGUGGAGCUGCAGCAAGACCAAAUUAGUAUACAAGAUGCACUCAUUCAAAAGUUACUGAAAAAGGUUAGGCCAAAAAGCAAACUAGCCAGACAGCUGAAGACCAAUGGAAUCAGGAAGAAAAUAGCAGAUUCUUCUGAGAUGCAGAACACAACAUUAUCAGUACAUGAGAGUAUAUGAAAGACAAUCACAGGAUUAAAAUAUUUUACCAGUGAUCUAUGCAGUGUAAAUGCAGAUAUGCUAUUAGGAUUUCUAUCUUGAUUUAGAAGGCUAAUAUGCAAGAUAGCUAGGGGCUAUCUUGUUCAAUAGUUGUUAUCUUUUAACAAACUGCCUGGCCAAGGUGCUGAAAAGUUUUGCAAAAAUAUUGUUAUUGUAGCGUGAAUAUGACAGUUACCUACUAGCUUGCUCCUAACAGAAAUGUUGUAGAUCCGUAAGCACUAGUUACAAAGCAAAUAUUUUAAGGUACUGAAAAUAAUGAGUGCAUCUGAUUUUUAAAAAAGUGUUUUUAGACAUUUCUUAGAACUAUGCUUUAUCAUGAAGAUUAUGGAAAUCCGUGUUUUAUUCAGUUUCUCAGCUGACUGACUUGACUGCACAGUGAUCAUCAUGCCAUAUGGUAUACAUUUCACCAAUCGUAUAUUACAUAACGAAUGCAAUUUGUUAUGGCAUGUCGGAUGUAAUGCAUCAGUUGAAAGCACUGAUACACAAGCUAUAUGCAGGAGGAAUACUUGUGCCACUAGAUUGCUGUUUGCUAGACUUUCAUUUUUCCAUGGUUUGUGUUAUGCUAAGUAACAUAUAACAGAAUUCAUUGCUUUUGGGUGUGUGCGCGCGCACUAAAAUAAAAAAUUACAGUAACUUCAGGAAACCUUAUAAGCAGGUGUGUGUGUGUGCACAUGCACACACACAGUCACACACUGAGCACAAGUGGGGACUGGCUGGAUAGUAAAAACAAGAAGUGGGAUAUUGUGUCAUAUCCCCUCUACCAAUAGCAGUGGCUUAAGUACUGCUCUUUUCUGAGAUCUAUAAAGAAGCAGGGAGGUAGCAAGACAGACAUAAAUGGGGCCUCUGAUGGCAGGAACUCUGAGGGUAAUACAUGAGCAGGGACCCAUAUUCUUAAACAAAGAGAAAUGAAGUGAGCAAUUUAAACCCCUUGGAAAGCUACUUGAGUUAUAGAAAUAUUUGAACGAAAUGCUGCAAAUGGAGAAAAAGAAAUUAAUUUCCAUCUUCUGUCACACAUGCUUAAGACACUGCAACUUUCCUCAUUAAAACGUGUCUGGGUCUAGAGUGAAGAAACUGCACCCUCAAGUGGCUGAACAGCACAGAUACACAGUACUAUACUGGAAUAAUGACACUCCUAAAGCAUCUUUACUGCUAAAAUAGCUCCACCAAAACCACUUACAGAUGGUUAAUUUUCCUACUCCCAUGAAAUUUUAAAUCUUUACAAUGAGAUCAGUCACACAUCUCUUCAUCCUUCAGCAUUCCUUACAAAUUAAGGGCCAAAAUUCUCGUCUCGGUUAUACCAGUGCAGCCCACUGGUUGUCAUAACCAUUCUGAAAUGUACGUACAAAUAGUAUUGCAGGAGUUAAGCAUCUAUACUGGAAAUUAUGUUUUCAAAACCUUGGCGUUGAGGCAGGUAACGAGAGGCAACAGGUUCCUUUUGAGCAGGAGGUAGCAAAUGCUUCUCUCCCCAUCUGGUCACUGUGUGUCUCACCUAGUUGCAUACAGAGCCAGAUGCUGAUUAAAAAAAAGAUUGCAAAGUGAACAAGAGAGGGAGACCCCAGGAAAAAACAAACAAUCCGCAGAGGGUGUCCUGGUUACGAAAAAGAACAAAGGACUGUCCUGAUAGUACCAGGGGUACCAAGAAACACCCUGCAUCUUUCACCGAGGAGGCAAGUGGACAGUGGGACUUGCCUCAUGAAAGGGUGAUCACAGCCAAGUCUGGCUGCAAGAUGCUGGGAGGACUUUGGGUGAGCAUUGCUCUAUAAAACAGAGAAAUAUCUAGUUAAUUAAAUCUAGGCUCUAGAAUGCACAUAACCUUUUUAUUUUACAUGUAAUCUUUUGUUUCCAGUACUCCUACUUGCUAUUAUUUGAAUCCCUGUACUUUUUAAAAUAAAACUGCUAUUUGUUUUCACUAUA